ACAGAAGUUGGUUUGUCUUCUUUUAUUGGUGUCUUGAUUGUGCGUGUUUUUGUAUAUUAUCCAUAAAUGGUAACCCAGUGUAGACUUAACACAAGCACAUACAUAUAUAACGCAUAUAAGAAUAGUUUGGAGAAAAUUUGCUUUAAAAAGUGGUUUAAAUUUAAAUAAGCUAGUCUUUAUGAUAUAAACGUUAAAUUAACAUGAAACUAUUUUUAAAUGUUAAUUAAGUCUUGGAGAAACUAUAAAUGGUCUAAAAUUUAUUUAGUUGAUUAUAUUGAUUUAAUGUGACAAAAUGCGGCAAAAGUGAAGUUUUGCUUGGCCAACGUUGGUCAACUAGUUCGUAAACUGGUUUUGGUUAAAAUAUACAGAAACAAAUAUGAUACGGGCUUACUGUAACUUAACUAUAAAUUAAAAUAUGUUUUUGGUUACAAAACCGAUCACUGUACAAUUAUAGACAAUGCAUCAAUUAACAGUUAACAGAAUGAACAAUUGAUAUUGUACUGUUUGGGCGUUAUGGGUAUUGUUGGAUCAUUUAAAAGUUCAGCUUUAUCUGUGGUAUUUAAACGCAUAUCCUUACAAACUAUUAAGAUGAAGAACUUCCACAAUGAAUGAAAAUACAUUUUCAAUACAAAGUAAGUGACAGGCGGUUGUUAUAACAGCAUACCAUAGGGCUGGCAUGUGUGUGUAUGUACUUUUGUGCGUGUGUGCGUGCGUGAUACUGUGUCAGCACCCGGUAUCAGACACCAGAUGACGCUCUUGUCUAACUGUCUCGCCCUUUUUCACCGAGACCCCUAGAUGGUCUCCAUACCACGAAUUUAUCGGACAAGUUCCCCUAAUUCAUCAAUAACCUCUAGGGGUUCAAGCCAAUUUAUGAGUGGCCAACAUUUGCACGUGAUUCUAUUUAAACUUCCCAUAUUUGGGCAUUACACGUUGCACCUCGAAAAAAAAACACUGCAAAUGCUAUCCCCCCACCUAUAAAUCCUGCUCUUUUUCAGAACAAACCCCCCUUCAACAUCCAAAAAAGAGACUCACCAAAUGAAAUAAACAGUGCAAAAACAACAACAAAAACUAAUGUAUGUUUUACGUAAAUCUCAGAUUUGAUGUAAGUGAAGUACGGCGUGCUUCUGGUGCUGAGUCCUCUCUUGGCUUUUGUAAACUGUUUUGUUUCGGAAAUAGAAUGAGCUCGUACGUAGGAAACUCUUUUUGUAAGUCAACGCACGACGCAUCUUCCUUUACAAUGAACAAUUUUGGCAACUAUGGGUCUUUCUCAGAGUUCCAACAGUCCAGUUAUGCCUACGGAGGGCUCGAUCUGACUGGAGCCAUUGCCUCUCAAAUGUCCUCCAAUUCCCCGAAAAGGGAUGCGAUGGACGCGCACGAUCGCACCAGGAUCAACGCACCAACACCACCACCACCACGUCCACCACAUCGACAGUCCUGCGCAGCGGUGGGCUCGCCGAGCCCCUCUAACGCACGCGGGUACAGUCUUCUCGGUCACGGACUGCUGAGCCAGAAAGCCGAGGACAAUAUGGAAGUUACGGACAAGCCCGGCGGCAAGAGCCAUGCUGGAGAUGUUAAGCUGGAGAGCCCUCCAACUAUCAAACAGCAAACUAAUUCGACCGAGCACCAGAACCAGUCGCAACCGCAGAUCUAUCCGUGGAUGACCAAGCUACACAUUAGCCACGAAUCUGACGGUAAAAGGUCACGAACCAGUUACACCCGCUUCCAGACUUUGGAGUUGGAGAAAGAGUUCCACUUCAACCGGUACCUCACACGGCGCAGGCGAAUCGAGAUUGCCAAUAAUCUUUGCCUAAACGAGAGGCAAAUUAAAAUCUGGUUCCAGAAUCGUCGUAUGAAGUGGAAGAAGGACUCAAAAAUUAAAGUUAAAGGUUCACUAUAAGAACAUGACAUCGCAUACACAUGAUGGGGAAUCUUCAGCUUAAGGUUAUUACAAUACAUUGAAUGUUUCAUAUUUUAAAUGUCCAAACUCUUUUGUGCCGUUUUAAUCAGGCGUUCAGUGUGUAUGUAAAAUGUCAUUUUGUAUUAUGUAUUGUCUUGCCACUUGUUCAGUUCAUACGAUGGGGGGGGGG